CACCACCAGCACCAUCUCCUCCCUCCCUCCCUUCCCUCCUCCAUAGUAUUCUCCAUCGGUGAGACAGGUGGUUAGGAGGGAAGAGAAGAGGGACGGGAGUGUGGAGAGCAGUACAAAACUGAAGCUCACACCUCUCUCUCUCCCACUCUCUUCCCGCGAGAAAAUGAUGACGAGGUCUCCAGAGCCGGCAGCCGAGCAGAAGGCCUCGUCGUCCUUCGGCAACCUGCUCUCCAUCUUCCUCCGGGUCAGCUCGUCCGAGCCCAAGCCGCCGAGGCGGAGCUUCGACGCCGAGGGCGUCGUCGGGCUCGGCAUCGUCGCGGCCAUGAGCCGCGCGUGCCUCACCGCCCAGCCGAUAGCGAUCGGCGCUGCCGCACGCCGCCGCGCGCGCGAGGAGGACGAGCUCUCGGAGAGCUACACGUGCGUCAUCACGCACAUGGCCGCCGGCGCCGGCGAGGGCGGCAGCAUGCGCAAGCGCGUCUACUUCGGGUUCGGCGACGGCGGGGACGGCUGGUUCGUGGAAGCCGCUGAGGAGGCGCCGGCGAGGGCGGACGACUUCUUGAGCCGAUGCUGCCUCUGCAACAAGAGGCUUGAUGGGCUCGACAUCUACAUGUAUAGGGGGGAGAAAGCCUUCUGCAGCUCCGAGUGCCGAUGCCACCAGAUGCUCAUGGACGACCACGCUGAAAAGUGCGGAUCAGAAGCCCUCAGAGCCAGCAGCUACUCGGCCUCGCCGUGCUCUGCGCCGAUGUCCUUCUCCCCAAGCGUCGCGGCGGCCUAGCCGACCGAGCUGCGUGAUGCCAUCAAGCUGAUCCUCAGUUUGUAGUAGCAGAGAGCAUAGAGAUCUAAAUGAUCUUUUAAGCGAAUGAAAGCAUAGAGUAAUUACUAAAAAAAAGGUUUCUGAACUGUGGGUCGAAUAAAAGAGAGGGAGAAAGUUUUGGGGUCAUGUCCACUGCAAGAUGUUCACUGCUUGAGCGUGAUUGCAUUUCUCUGUACCGAGCAGGGGUAACUAUGCUAGCACUUAAGCUAAGAAAUUUGAUGUCGCGUCCUAUCCUGAAGUUUCGGGAAGAGAUUUGCUGCAUGUUAAACGCUUAA